GAAUGGAUCCAAAUUAGAGUGAAGAUGUUUUCUCUGCUUUUGUAGAUGAAUAUUAAAAAAACUUCUUUGAUAUGCUAUUCAGAUUUGAAAGUGAGUUCACUUUUUAUAAUAUUUAUUAGGCAAAGCUGAACCCAUUAAAGAAGCAUGGACAAGAGAAGAUGGCCGAGGUCACGGACUGACUUGUGUUAUUUAAGUAUAUACAUCCUAUUAUAUGUUAAGGAUGGUAAUUUCUUUGAGAAAGCUGGUGUCAAUGUUUCAAGAAUUACAAUUCCUUUGAGUUAAGGAAUUUAUCAAUAAAUGAAAGGAAGAAGGGUUCCUGGAAGCAAUUGUAUUAUUCUUAACAUUAAUCAUUUAGUGGAUCAAAUAGAUAUGAAUAAUCUUGCUCAAUAUGAUACUUAUGCUAAUGGAGUAAGUCUUGUAAUUCAUCCAAUUAAUCCUUUCUGUCCAACUGUUCAUGCCAACUUCCGUACAAUAAGAAUCAAAGAACGUGAGACAGGUAUAUUAUUAUAUAGAUUAAUAUAUAGGCAAAGUCAUUGAUUCUUGGUUUGGAGGAGGAAGUGAUCUAACUCCAAUCUACUUAUUUGAUGAAGAUGCAAAAUUUUAUCAUUAGAAUAUUAGAGAUGCAAUAGUAGAAGUUACUGGAGAUGAUAAAUUAUAUAGAUAAUACAAAAAGGAAUGUGAUGAAUACUUUGUAAAUCAUCAUAGAAAAGAAGCAAGAGGAAUUGGUGGAGUAUUUUAUGAUGAUUUCAAUUUGGAAUCUUUUGAAAAAGGUUUAUAAUUCUAAAAGGCAGUUGCUUAUGCUAACUUAAAAAGCUAUGAAGCUAUUAUAAAUAAGAGAAAGGAUACUCCUUAUAAUGAUGAGAAUGUUCGUUGGAGAUCAUUCAGAAGAGGUAAAUAUUUAGAUUAAAUCAUAGGUCGUUAUGCUGAAUUUAAUCUUAUUCAUGACAGAGGAACUAAAUUUGGUUUGAUGACUCCAGAUGCUAGAAUUGAGAGUAUAUUAAUGUCAUUGCCCCUUACAGCAAGAUGGGAAUAUAAUUAUCAUCCAAAGGAAGGUACAGAAGAAGCAAGAAUUGUUGGUGUAUUGCUUAAGCCAGUUGAAUGGGUGUGAG